GAGCCCUGCUUUCUAGGGUUCUUGAGUGAAGAGGACAAAUGCGCUGGCGCGGAAUCGUUGUUCUAGUCGUGGCUUGCGUCGUAUCUCGGUGCGGAGGGGAUGUGGAAUCGACGCUCGCGAUGGUGAAGCCCGACUGCGUCGAGACGAAUCAGGUGGAAUCCAUCAAGGCCCUUGUCAAUGCGUCGGGUUUUCUGAUAAUCACCGAGAGAAUGCUACGUCUGGAAGAAUCGCUGGCCAGGAACUUUUAUGCCGAGCAUUCCAAGCGCGAGUUUUUUGACGAUCUCGUCGAUUUCAUGACAAGUGGUCCUGUCGCUGCCAUGGUGCUCCAGAAACGCAACGCCAUUGCCGAGUGGCGUGAGUUGAUCGGUCCGACUGAUCCAUCCAAGGCGAGAGUUUCUCAUCCACAAACCCUUCGAGCCAAAUGGGGUAUCGAUACGCAAAGGAACUGCGUUCACGGAUCAGAUUCAUCACUAUCUGCUGGAAGAGAAAUUUCUCUCUUGUUUGGUGGUUCACGCUCCACAGGAGCCGGUAGAAUCUCUCACGAAGAACUAUGAGCUGCGCGAAAGUGUCUCAAGGAUCGUGGCUUUCGGCUCGUACUGUCAGUCACAUACUCCACAUUGGCCGGCAGGGUACUAAGUAUAAUUCGCGCUUGGGAAAGGUGGAGCCAUAGAUCGCAUCCAACACAAUCUAAGGCUGAUCUCUAUGUUGGCCCCUCGCAAUCAGGGUUGCAGCUUGGGUACAUCCAGCAAGGAGCACAGCUACAGGCAGGUCCAGUUCAACAAUGGAUGCCGCAGCUCUAGAGCCAAGCCGAUGGAUGCAAACUGUUGAGUGGCCCUGUGCCACGUGGCUACUUUCCAGUGGUUUGCCACGAAGCUUCUGGUUUCCGGCUGUCUUGACGGCAAACUAUCUCCAGAACCGGCUCCCCACCUCUGCUGGCAUCGCUCCUGAAGAAGCAUGGAGUAGCAAGAACCUACAGUUACGCAUCUGAGAAUAUUCAGGUGUGAAGCGUGGGCACACAUCCCUGAUGGAAUGCACAAGAAAUUGGACCCCAAGAGCCAGCAGGCUGUGUUUGUCGAUCACAAAGCCUAUCGUCUCUGAAAUCCAAUCACGAAGCAGGAGAUCCUCAGCAGAGAUGUGGUUUUCAACGUCCAGUCAAGGUUCUACAUCCAGGCCUACCUUGACCGAAGAAAAUGACGUUGAAGCGGAACAAGACCAGUUGACUGUCAGCAUGAUCACUGUGCCGCUUCAAACAGUCCCUACGCAUCAACUCAUGCCCGCUUCUACUCCAACACCACCAAUGCCGCCGCCUCCUCCAGAUCCUCCACGCAGAUCGAUCCGCACAAGGCGGCCUACUGAGCGUCUCAUCGAGACAAUGGUCUCAUCUCGUGCAGCUGGGACUCCUACUGUUCCGAGGACCUAUGGAGAAGCCAUGGCCUCACAGGAAGCGUCUUACUGGCGUGUAGCAAUGGAAGCCGAGAUUGCUUCACAGCAAAAGAACGAGACACAUGUUCUUGUU